AAAGGCGAGUGCUGUUUUGUCAAAUUCAAAACCAAGGAUAUAAAUUCCAAACAUCUCUGACAGUACCAUGAAAAUUUGGUAGAGAGAGCUUCACAUUUCUCUCUCUCUCUCUCUUAAUUUCUCUGAAGCUUCCGUCAUUCAGCUUCCUGUGUGGAUGCAUUCAUGUUUUGAUUUCUUACACGCUGUGUGUUGUGUGUCUGCAAAAGGGUUUUUGAGAAAAUUUUCCGGGUAAAAAUUCGUGAAUUUCCAGAGAAAUGGAUCCUCGUUCGUGGGCGCGAAUGUAUUCUUCUGCUAGGCGAUAUCAAUCUCGAUCAGAUGUAUAUCGAGGGGAUGAGUUUGAAGAGGAUGAGGAGACGAGACCAGAGUUUUUAUGCCCGUUUUGUGCAGAGGAUUUUGAUAUGGUGGGGCUCUGCUGUCAUAUUGAUGAAGAGCAUGCCGCUGAAGCCAAGAAUGGGGUGUGCCCUGUUUGUUCAGAAAGGGUGGGAUCGGAUUUGGUUCGCCAUGUGACUUUGCAGCAUGCGAAUCUCCUUAAAGUGCCGCGGAGGAGAAGGUUCCGUAGGGGAGGGCCAGAUUUGUCGUCCAUGUUAAGAAGAGAAUUACAGGAAGGGAAGCUGCAAUCCCUUCUCAGUGGAUCUUCACUUUCCGUUCCUUCUUCCCAUGCUGAACCAGAUCCAUUGUUAAACUCCUUCAUAUACAAUCCGUCGCUGGUUGAUGAACCUCUUAAUGUUAAGCAUGUGUCUUCAAUUGAGGCUUGCUCUGUGGCUGGAAGCGCUGUAGAGAGUGUGGCUGACAGAGCGGGUCAAGAGCGUAAGCUCUCAGAGGAAGAACAAAAAGAGAAGGCUCAAAGGUGCGAGUUCGUCCAAGGGCUCCUUCUGUCUACUUUUCUUGAUGAUAAUUUGUGAGUUAGAGAUGUCUCCAUUAUUUAUGCUAGUUAAAUUAGUAAUGGGGAUCUAGUUUGAAGAGGGUAACAUGAGGGAACAGCUCGAGUAAUAGAAACUGUGCCAUAGUUUUGCUUGGUAGCCCGCCCGGCUGAGGUCUAUUUUAAGUGAAACAUUAUAUGUGCAUAAGAAAACCAUGGAAGAAUGUUGUAUAUAUGUGUCAUCCAGCGGUUGCUUCCUCUCUCUUUCUCUCUCUGUCUCUUCGUGUGGUUGAAACAUAUUAUGUGCAAAAUCAAACUAUAUGGAGAAAUGCCUGUUCUAUUAACUGCUA